AUGCUGCAAAAAAAUCAUAGUCCAGAAAGUCCUAAAGUAGCCCCAUUCUCAUCUUUGGUCAAACCUCUGAAUGGUGGUAAAACUUCAUUCACCUGUCAAAGUCUUCUAGGAUCCCCGCCAUUCCGUGUAGUCUGGCUUAAAGAUACGAAAGAGCUCUCCAGUUCUCAGUCAAGCAAAAUUCGUACAAUCGAAGAUUCAUCGAUGCUCAUCCUUGAUCGAAUUACUACUAGUCCACCAUUCUGGAUUACUAAACCUCGAGACAUCAAAGCCAAGAUAGGGCAAACCGUAGAACUGGAUUGUAUUGCUUCAGGUUUUCCUAAGCCAGAAAUAGUUUGGAAGAAAUUCACAGAUGACAUGUGGACUAAUAUCAAUUAUCUUCAAAAUGCCCAAAUUUCGAAUGGUCACUUGAUUAUCAAUUCAAUUGACCGUCUUCAUGCUGGAAGUUAUGGAUGUUCUGCUUCAAACAAAAUCGAACCUAAUCUUUGGACUGAAUUUGUCUUUAGCGUUGAAGGUCCUAGAGUAGCUCCAAUCUCACCACUGGUAAAACCUGUGAUCGGAGGGAAAACAUCACUUGCUUGUCAAAAUAUCGAAGGUACACCACCUAUUCAGCUCAAUUGGUUUAAAGAUGGGAAAGAGCUUUCCAAUUCUCAAUCAAUCAAAAUUCAUACUAUUGAAGGCUCAUCAAUGCUCAUCCUUGAUCCAAUUUCUACCAGUCACUCUGGAAAUUAUACUUGUAAAGUUUCCAACAACUUCGGAUCCGACUCUUACUCUACAGAACUAUUGAUUGAAGGUCCACCAUUCUGGAUUACUAAACCUCGAGACAUCAAAGCCAAGAUAGGUCAAACCAUAGAGUUGGAUUGCAUUGCUUCAGGUUUUCCUAAACCAGAAAUAGUUUGGAAAAAAUUCACAGAUGACAUGUGGACUAAUAUAAAUUAUCUUCAAAAUGUCCAAAUCUCGAAUGAUCACUUGAUUAUCAAUUCAAUUGACCGUCUUCAUGCUGGAAGUUACGGAUGUUCUGCUUCAAACAAAAUCGAACCUAAUCUUUGGACUGAAUUUGUUAUUAGCGUUGAAGGUAAACUUUUUUUAUGA